UCACCUACAGACUAUCCCUCUCUUACCUCUCUCCUGUCUCUCACCUACAGACUAUCCCUCCCUUACCCUCUACCCGCUGAGUCAGUGACACUGAUUAUUCCUAAUUAUUUUACUUCUCUGAAACUCAUUAAAAAGAGGGCGGAGCUUGGAGAUAAUCCUCAGUCCCAUGUCUCCUGAUUGAUUCCGGCAGUUCCAGGGAAGCCCCGCCCCGCGCUAUAUUAGUGAGCGACUCGGAGCGAUAAGAAGAGAUUUGUUUCAGAGGAGCAGGACAGACAGACAGACAGACAGACAUGGAGGAGUGCGGGAUCUGUUGCUAUGAAUACGGGCCGGGCAGGGAAGCCUUCUGGUUGGACGGCUGUGUGCACGUGAUCUGCGCGAGCUGCCUGGGGCACCUGGUGGGAAAAUCUGGGACCAUUAUGUGUCCGUACUGCAGGGCGUUUUCCGCGUUGCCUAGCGACCAACUGUACGGACUCUGCGGAGGGUCGGAGAAGGGGCGGAGCCACAGGAGCUGGAUAAAGAGAUUGUUCCAUCCCCGAAAGCGUCACCAAGCGAGCCGGGGUCAAGGGUGAAUGUGGCCUCAAUAAGGUCGUUGCUGAGUUGUCAGGAAAAAAGAAAGUGGGAGCUGUUAGAACAAUAGACUCCCAACUGUGCCGCCAUUUUGGAGCUCAUUUCUGAUCACACAAGGAGACCAGUACCAAGGACUUUACUGGAAUAUUCCAGAGACCAGCUGCUGGUCCUGGCAACGUAUUCUGAGACUUUGGAAUUUUCGUUCCGUCCCGGCGGCGGUUUAUUUAUGCAAGAGUUUUCUACAGAAGCUUCUAAUGAGGAUACAACUGCAGUUGUGACUCAUCGACUUCCGUCGAUCAUGUGUUGUAUACAUUCGUUGGGUUUGCUUCCUACAUAGCUGUAAUUAUUAUUAUUAUUUUUAGAAAUGUCAAAGUUAAUAUUUUGUAAUGACAUAAUUGGGCAACGGUCACAUGUUGGUCUAUUAAUUUCAUUUACAUUUGUUUUGGUUUUUAUUUCUGAUGGUGAUUAAAUGUUUCUAUAUAUAUAAAUAUAUAAUACUAUACACAAUGGUCACAUGAUGAUUGCUUUGGAAGUUGAGUUUUAAUGGCUGCCAUGCAUUGCGGUUCAGUGUUCUCCUGAUGGUGGACUCAGUUACUUAGAAGUUACCCUGGGUUCCUUUGUAACCUCCCCCACCAGGUUUAGGCUGAGAAUUAAAAUAACCUCUGUUUCAUUUGUGUAACUAGCUUGUCUUCAUCUGCUUUAACGCUGAUGUUUUAGAUGAUAAGAUGAUGUUUUAGAUCACAUUAAUAUACAAAUAUAGAAAAAACUAAAGGGUUCACAAACUUUAAAGCACCACUGUAGAUACAUUUGAAGCCUGUGGGAGAUUGCUCCUUGGCACGAUUGCUGCUCCGGACUACUUUGCAGCU